UGACAGUCUCUGAAGAAGAGAAGAAGAAUGUUUAUAAUAAUAAUAUAUUAGAAAAUGUUCCGCAAUGUCCGCAAUAUUCCCAAGUAAAUAAAUAGAUAAAAAGAGGUUCUUGAAGACUGGAGCAAUUUACAAAGUAUAUAUCUCAAAAUGAAUUGAUAUUAAAUAAAAUUUAAAAGCAAUGGGUUGGAUAAUGUGCUGUCAAUGUAAAUCUAAUGACGAAAAAGUAAUAGAACUAGAUUUUUCACGUUGUGGGAUAUCAGAUAUUCCCAACGAAGUGUAUGCAAACUCGCCUACUUUAGAAGUUCUACAUUUAGAAGGAAAUAAACUGAAGGAUUUAUCUCCACAACUAUUUCAGUGCAUUGAUUUAAGGUAUUUAAAUGUGAGUGAUAAUGAAAUUCGAGGCAUCCCACCAUUAAUAUCAAAAUUGACCAAUCUGCAAGUGUUAAUUUUUAGUAAAAAUGUUUUAGACGGUGUUCAUCCAAAUUUAGAUAAAUUAACUAAACUCACAAUGCUUGAUCUCAGUAUGAAUGAUUUGGGAAAAGUUCCAGAAGCCAUAAUGAGUCUUAUUAAUCUUCAGCAGCUAUGCCUUAAUGACACGGACAUUGAUUAUGUUCCUGCCAAUAUUGGGCGCUUGUCUAAUUUGAGAAUAUUAGAAUUAAGAGAUAAUAAUCUUUGCGAAUUGCCAAAAUCCAUUAGACGCUUGACAAACUUACAAAGACUGGAUGUUAGUGAUAACAAUUUAUCUAAUUUGACAGAAGUGGGUGAAUCCCAUGGUAAUUUGACUGAACUGUGGAUAAAUGGAAACAACAUUUCACAACUCUCUGUAUCUAUAACUCAUUUAAAGAAAAUCAAUGAUUUUGACGCAUCAUAUAACAAUCUAGAAUCAAUUCCAAAAGAAAUUGGUCAUUGGACGAAAAUAACAAACUUAAUUUUAAGCUUUAAUAAUUUGUCUUCCCUACCAAAGGCUAUAGGAAAUCUUAGAAAUCUUCAAGUACUAAAAUUGGAGUCAAAUUUUUUGGAAGAAUUGCCUAGUACAAUUUGUAAAUUGGUUAAUUUAGAAGAACUGAAUUUACAGAAUAAUUCUUUAAUUAAAUUACCUAGCGGUAUUGGUCAUUUAAGGAAAUUGGCUACAUUAAUUUUGUCAGAUAACAAGUUGCACCAACUGCCUGCAGAAAUAGGUAGUUGUUGUGAAUUAUCAAUUUUAAACGUUCACAAUAACCAACUUGAGAAACUGCCAGAAGAAGUUGGGCACCUUCAAAACCUGACUACUCUUGGACUAAUUGGAAACCGGCUUUCCUACCUUCCAAUAACAAUCUCAAAACUGCGUAAUCUAAAAGCACUCUGGUUAACUCCAAAUCAGACCCAACCUCUCAUCCAUUUACAAAAUGAGCCGCUACAAGACGGACAAGUAGUAUUAACUUCAGUUGUUUUUCCACAAACACCUUUGAGAGAUCCUCCACCUGUACAGCUACCAAUUGGAAAUCAAAAUUGCCGUAUUAGUUUUAACACUGAAAGAAACGAGUCUGAUAUUGCAGAUGUACAUUUAUCUUUAAGUCGCACACCUACUCCACAUCAUAAAGAGUUAAAAAGACUUAGAGAAGUUUUACGGAAUUCCCAUGGAUCAAAUAAACGUGCUUUAAAUGUGUCUGAAAUCAAAGAAGCCAAAGUAACGAAUAUCUCAGGAGAUUUAAAUACAUCCCAAUCUAGCUUAAAUGGGUAUGAUCCCAUAGAAAUACCCGAAAACGUUUCUGAUAUAAUAAGGGAAAUAAAUAAAACACCUCCUAAGCAACCUCCUCCUUACCAUAUAGCAGCUGUUUAUUCAAAGAACGCGCAUCUAUUUGCCCAAAACAACAUGGGUCCUCCUAGUCCCAUGGAUCAACCAAAACAAUUUAGUCAAGAGCAACCUGCCAAUAUUCACAUGCCUACACCUAAACUGCCCAGUCAUAGAAACCAUAUGUCAAUGAUACAAAUAGCUGAUAACAAAAUGCACGAAAAUCAUUUAGUUGAGGACGAAUUGAAUCAGUCAAAGCAGGUUAAAUGGCCUUUUGGAAAGCAUAAAGUGUGUCAGGUGUUGGAAGUUGAAAUACCGGAAUCAUAUUUAACUGGAGAUAUUCGGAUUGUCGUCCAAAGUAAUGGUUUAUUUUUGGACGAUCUGAAUCCUGAAAGUGAGGUAUUCCAUAAGUUCUUUAUAGGAGACAAAAUAUUAGCUAUUGAUGAAAUAGACUAUUCUCUUAUGGAACCCAUGGUAGCCUAUCAAGAUGCACGACAAAGACUGAACAAUUUAAAAACUAUAACAGUCUCAAGAAAUCCGCCUUUAUAAAUCGGAAGUAAGUAUUUAUGAAAGUAUUUGUAUAUACAUAUUCAUAAAUUUAUUUUGUAUAAAAUGCUAUGGAAGUUGCCAAAUAUUAUUAUAUGUUAAAAACAUAUAACCUGAUUUUUUACUAGACUUUAACCAAGUAUUCAUUUAAACAUAUUUUACAAAUAAUAAUGUGAUUUUAAAUAGUAAUUUAUUUCUUUAAUGUUCGAAAUGUACUUAAGGCAACUUUCAUAUCCUUUUUGCGGAUAGUUUUGUUCAAAGAUAUUUUUUCCUUUUUUUGCAACUUUGACUAACCAAAGAAUCCAGUCGUAAAGGCACUCUUGCAAACAGGUCCAGAAUUGGACUGUAAUUUAAUGUUACGAUUUAGUUUAUAAUUAUGUUUGUAAAUAUCUCAAGAGAAAAGAAAGUGUUGUAAGUACCAAUAUUACAUUGAAUAUUUAAAAUCACAGCAGGACAUUACGAAGAUUAAUGCAUGUUCCUUGGCAAAAUGCAUAUUAUCACUUUGUUUUUACAGUUUGACAACUGUGCGUUUGAUUAUUUUUCGAAUUAGCACCUCGGUGAUGUCUUUGUGGGUAUAUUAAUACUAAUAUUUAAUUGUGAAAGAAGAAAAUUUAUCUUUGAAUGAAACUGUAUAAUGUUGAUAUUUUUGUAUUGAAACUAUUUUAACUUUUUGUGUCUUUAUAUAUUUUGUAGUAAUCAUUGACUGACAGUAUUUUUUAAACUGGGUCUCGCAAAUUUGUUGACCUUUUCCUUUCUUGAUAUUAUAUUAGAUAUAAAAAUAUAUUCUAAAUUAAUGAGAUAUAAAUAUCUCAUAUUUGGAUACCUGGCUUUAAAAUGAUCUUUUUGACAAGUAUUUUUUUAAGUAUAUAUUCUCAACUACCAUUUUAAUGAUAUUCGAAGUUUUUCAGCCUUAAAUAGACAUAUUUGCUUAGCCAGUUAUUAUUGGAAAGUGUAGAGAAUAUGUAAAAAAUGCAUUUUUAACAAAUUUAAGAAAAUAUAUUUAUUUUUUUUGUAAUAAAAUUGUGCAAUGUUUUUAAAAUGUUAUCUAGAUGCAUUUUGUCUUCCAUUAUUUUUAAUAUUUUAAUAUGUGCACAAAUAUUUGUAUUUCAAACAAAAUUUGAAAAUACAAAGUGACAACCGAUUAUGCCUCCAUGUUUUUAAAAUGAAUCUACAGUCCAGUUAUUUAAUUCUUAAUAUAGAUGGCACUACUGCUUAUUGUAACUUUUGUGUUCAAUAAUUUACAUAUUUGUACUUAAAUAUUUAAAAAAAUCAAAUUAUAACCACAAACGAUAUUAUUUGUUCAUUAUAUAAAAGUAUUUGUUUUUUAAUUUAGAGCUUUUUCUAUAAACAAGCCUUUAUUCUAACUCAUUCAGUUCAUUUCAAUUAGAAUAUAUUUUGGUUCAAAUUAUCACUUAAUAUUACUGGGUGUCCAAAUAAGAAAGGACACCGGUUGAAGGAUAUAGCCUGUAUCUCAGAAACUGCGCAUCGUAGAAUUUUGGGGAAAACAGAAGAAUCUCUGGAAAUUAUUUUCAAUUUUCUAAAAUCACCACUAGAUGGCGCAAUGCUUAUGAUAAAUAGAUAAACGAGUAAGUAGUCAAAAAAAUUGAGUAAAUUUAGCACAGAUUUAUGACAUAACUUAAUUUGGCAACUCAAAUGGAAAAACAUGAGGAAGAUAACUUCAAUUAAUGGGAUGGCGCUCGUAUCGAAACUACAGUUUUGACAAAGUGAGUUGUCAAAAAUUUAAAAAGGCUGUUGCACUUGAAGAUGCAUUGGAUUUUGAUUCUCGUAAAUAUAUUUUCACUACCAAAUUUAAGCAUCUUUUCAAACUUUCCUAAUGGGCAUAGUUUUUAUCAUUGGCCAUGAGCUUUACUUCUCCUAGCGACGAAGUUAGAAACUUGAAAGCAAUUUUGAGCGAUUUUUAUGCAUCAAUUUUCUAAAUAAAAAAUCUCUUUAGAUAUAGCCGGCGUCCUUUCUUAUUUACACCGGCAUAUACACAUGGGUCAUCUUCAUUCAAAAUUUUCGUAUCAUAAUUCAUGUAUCGUCCACUGUUACUGUAUGUCCAUUUAGUUUUUGAUAUGUAAUCCGUCUAUCGUCUAUCUGUCCUUCGACAAGUUGUUAAGUCUUUAUUGAAAAUAGGACAGAGUGUAGAAAUACAAAAUUUUACAUUUCUAAUUGUUAAAAUUUUUUGAAACUAAUCAAACGAAUUGGUGCCUUCAAUUUUUGUAAUCAAAAUUUAUAUUUUAUUAUAGAGUUGUUAUGUUUGUACUAAAUCAUACUUGUAUGUGGUAUAUUAAAACGAAAAUGGUAUUAUAUCUAGUAAAAUGUUUGUGUACUCAAAAUGAAUAACAAAGUAUACUUAUUUAUCUUAAAAUAUAUGUUGAAGAAUUAACUUUCUCUUUAGAAUUUUCAUUUAUGUCGCAAAGUGGAUUCUUAAAUUAUUUUUUAAUAUUGUAUUAUAGGCAACUUUUAUUCAUUUGAAUGACUAGAGACUAUUUGGUUAUUAACAGUUCGUCAAUUUGUUUAUUAAUAGAAUUCUAUAAAUCUUUUAUUUAUUGUUACCUACAAUUAGUUUUCCUAUAGUCUCAAUAUGUUACUUACUGAUUACCUUUGUUGGAAAAAAAUCCGUUUUUAUUUUAGUAUGUUUAAGUUUAAAAAUUAUUCGGUUAAAUACCGAACGAAAGAAGCUUAUCUUUACCUCAAUGUUUUAUAUAUUUUUGAAUAGGCUGUGAGUUUCUCUAAAACCUAAAUGUAGUUGUACAGUUUAUAAGCGCAAUUAUUUAUUAACAAAAAUUUUAAAUUUUACUUUAUUUAUGAAUUGUAUUUAAUUUGUAUGACUGUAGCAAUGCAUUUUUACUG